UGACGGACAGACGGGGCAGACCGUCGCCGGCGGCACCGUCAACCCCCCCCCCCGAAGAUGAACAUAAUGGACUUCAAUGUGAAGAAGCUGGCGGCCGAUGCCGGCACGUUCCUCAGCCGCGCCGUGCAGUUUACAGAAGAAAAACUUGGGCAAGCAGAGAAGACUGAAUUGGAUGCUCACUUAGAAAAUCUUCUGUGCAAAGCAGAAUGUACUAAGCAAUGGACAGAAAAGGUUAUGAAGCAGACAGAAGUGUUGUUGCAACCCAAUCCAAAUGCUAGAAUGGAAGAGUUUGUCUAUGAAAAACUAGACCGCAAAGCUCCAAGUCGUAUGAAUAACCCAGAAAUACUGGGCCAGCACAUGAUUGAUGCUGGGAAUGAGUUUGGUCCUGGAACAGCAUAUGGAAAUGCUCUCAUAAAAUGUGGAGAAACACAAAGACGAAUUGGAGCAGCAGACCGAGAACUAAUUCAGACAUCUGCAAUAAACUUCCUCACACCUCUGCGAAAUUUUAUAGAAGGAGAUUAUAAAACAAUUACUAGGGAACGCAAAUUAUUACAAAAUAAAAGACUAGACUUGGAUGCUGCCAAAACAAGACUGAAAAAGGCUAAAUUAGCAGAAGCUCGAGCUGCACAACUAAACCUGUCUCCACCUGAAGAAAAUAACAUUAUGGUAAAUGUCUCAUACAUGCUCAACUUGGUGCAUGUAAAAUGGCUACAGAUUUGGGCAGAGGAAGUAACAAAAUCUGAACAGGAAGUCAGAAUAGCCCAGAGUGAGUUUGACCGUCAAGCAGAAAUUACUAGACUUCUGUUGGAAGGCAUCAGCAGUACGCAUGCACAUCACCUUCGCUGUUUGAAUGAUUUUGUAGAAGCUCAGAUGACGUAUUAUGCACAGUGUUACCAGUAUAUGUUGGACCUUCAGAAACAGCUUGGAAGCUUUCCAUCUACGUUCCUUGCCAACAAUCACCAGUCUUCGUCAAGCUGUGCUCCAAGUAGUUCCAUUACUACUACAGCUGCCUCCUCUGCCUCUGUUACAGCCUCAUUGUCCUCAAUAAGCAAUUCAGCAGCUACUUCUAGCUUGGGUGAAGUGAAGUCCAUAAGCGGCAACAGAAAAGCCAGAGUUCUUUAUGAUUAUGAUGCUGCGAAUAGCAGUGAAUUAUCACUUCUUGCAGAUGAGGUAAUAACAGUGUACAGUAUGCCUGGCAUGGAUUCAGACUGGUUGAUGGGCGAACGAGGAAAUCAGAAGGGCAAAGUGCCUAUUACUUACUUAGAACUGUUAAACUGAAUACAGUAACUGGCUUGUAUAAAGACUGCCAGUUAUGGUGAGACCAUAUUUAUAUGCAAUUAACUUUAUAUAAAACAGGUUUAAGUGUCUUCCAUGUUAACAUCUUAAAGGAUGUGAAUACCAGCCAUUAGAAAUGGGCUUUUCUGCCAAUAUUCUUGCAUGGUAGAUACUCUUUUCAGAUCUAAGUUGUUUAAAAGCUUUUACUUUAUGUGCCAAGACUGUUUCUACAGAAUUUUCUUUCUACUGGAAUUUUCACUAAUAACAAACUUCUGCUUUUGAGUAAUCUAAACUGAAAAUGGGAGAUAUUGUUUUCUACAGAACUUUUCAUAAUGGCAAGCUUCUUCACCAACAAUAAAAUUGUUAAACAGUAA